UGUGCCACGGACACGUUGUUUGUGCGGCAUCUCUCGUUUAUUGUUUACUGUGAAAAGAACGUGUGUGCAAAUGCCAAGAUGCAACUUAAUAAUUAAAUAUAAAUUGUUCGAAAUUACCCACGAUAGUCAAAAUGCACUCGAAUCUUUUAAUAUUUAUUUGGCGCCGCAAGCUUUCGUUUCUGCUUUUGGCCGCGGGCUUCAUACUGCUGGCGCUGUGGACCUGGGCCAUACUUGUCGACACUACAAAGACGCUGCCAAGUUUAACUCAAGCAAACGUUGCCGCCGCCGCUGCGGAGGAGAAUGAGGUAAAGGCCAACUAUCAACACGUGCACAUUAUACAGAAGCUAAUUGCCCAGGCGAAUCGUGUGCUGCGUGCCGAGCGUCAAAAGGAUAAGCAGAAUACGAUUGCAACGCCAGCAGUGCAGCGCUUGUUGGGUAACGUGCGUUUUUUACGGCCCACGCAGGCCAAGAAGGCGCCACUACCAUUGGACGACGGCUAUCUGUUUGAGCAGGAGCGCCUGAAGAUACUCGAGCAGCAACAGCGUCAGCGCAACGCCGGCAUGGAGGAGCUCAAUGCCAAUGCCGAGGAUGAGCGCUUACUGAGCUCAGCGGAGCGCCAAAGCCAAUACGAACGCGAGCUGCAACGCAUGGGUGUGCCUGUGGUGGCGGGCAUUGGACCAGAUGGACCACGUGCGCCGCCAGAGCGUUUGGUGCACUUAGAUCUGAAGGGUGCGCCGCCUAAGCUAAGCUUUCUGAAGCAACUGCUACCCGUGCUGCGCGCUUUAGGCGCCACUGGACUGCUAAUCGAGUACGAGGACAUGUUUCCUUACACGGGUGCACUGCAGCCGCUAGCCGCUCACAAUGCUUACAAACAGCAGGAACUCAGAGACUUUCUGGAGACUGCAUCAGUGGAGCAUGGGCUGAGUGUCAUGCCUUUGGUGCAGACUUUUGGUCAUUUAGAGUAUGCUCUCAAACUUGAUGGCUUUGAGCAGCUUCGCGAACUGCCUGAGAGUCCGCAGUCCAUUUGUCCCAGUCAGCCGCAAAGUCUAGCGCUGCUAGAGCAGAUGCUGGCACAGGUGAUAGAGCUGCAUUUGCCUAGCAAUGCCAGCCACGAGUUGCCCAUCAAGUUCACUCACAUCCACAUUGGUUGUGAUGAAGUGCAGCGGAUGGGCGAAUGCGCACGUUGCCGCCAGCGUUUGCGCAAUGAGCUGUUCCUCAGCCAUGUGAUAAGUCUGGCGCACUUUGUGCGUCGUCGUUGGCCGCACUUGAACGUGGUCAUCUGGGAUGAUCAUCUGCGUCAGAUGACGCUCAGCGAGCUGCAGAACUCACAAAUUGGCAGCUAUGUGGAGCCCAUGGUGUGGGUAUACUUUCAUGAUAUCUAUCAGUUUAUACAGCCGCAGUUGUGGGACACUUAUGCCAAGAUCUUUCCCAGCGCCUGGGCAGCAUCUGCCUUCAAAGGAGCCUUUGGCGAGAGUCUUCUGGUGCCGCCGCUGCAACGGCAUUUGGAGAACAACAUACGGUGGCUGGCGGUAAUUGCCAAAGAGGGUGGACGCUUUGCCAAGGGUUUGCGUGGCUUAGCUCUGACUGGCUGGCAGCGCUAUGAUCACUUUGCUGUGCUUUGUGAACUGCUGCCUGUGGGCAUGCCCAGUUUGAUGGUGUCGCUGUCAACCGUCUCCAAGGGUUACUUCAGCACCAAUCCACGCGAUAGUGAGCUGUUGCAUGUGCUACGUUGUGUGUUUCAGCCGGAUAGUCGUCGCUCUGGGCAUCCCUGGCUGCAGCUACAUCCCAAUGUGCAUCAUAGUCAACUCUUUGCCAUCUGCAGUUAUCCUGGUCAUCUAGUCUUUAAGUAUGCGCUGCGUUUAUACGACAAGCUAGCCGAGGUGGGCAUGUAUCUGCAGCAGACACGCGAACAAAGCGCCUGGCUUUCGGACUACAAUGUAAGACACAACUUUAGUUCACCCUUGCGUGUGCUGGAGCUAACCGCUCGCACGCCUCAGCUUAUCGAGGAGUUGCGCGUAAUGGCGCGCGAGGCACAACAGCUGCUAUGGGAAGUCUAUGAUGAGCACACAGUGGCUGAGUUUGUGGAGCAGCAUAUUUAUCCCAGCAUUAGUGCAUUGCAUCGACAGCUGUCCAGCGGGCAAUUGUUGUUGCAAAGACGCACUUGGCCACAGCGACCGUUGCCCUUGUCGCUGGAAUAUCAACAGGAUAUGGGCCUCAUUACAUUGGAUCAGCAACCGCAGCAACCGCAGCAGCAGCAGCCACAUUAAUUGACUGUUAACAUCAUGUGAAAAUAAAAUAUAUAUAAAAACUAAAAUACACUAAUAUAUACAGUAAUAUGCAUUUUCAAAUCUAGGCGUAGCCUAUAUAAUUAAUGCGAAAGUUAACA